AUGGAGUCUUGGCCAAGCUCAUUUGCUGUACCCCCGAUUCAAAGCCUCUACGACGAAGAUGAAGGUGAAAAUGAGGGCGUGCCGUAUUUCCAGCACGAGUGGGAAGGCGUAGACGAGAACUACGGUGACGAAGAAGAGCCUGAAGGAAAGUUCUAUCUCGAGGAGAUAGAUGACCGAUUCAAUGCCAUGGAUGAAGCGACAAGCAGCUACGGCGGGAAUGUGCUGGGACGAGCGAUGCCGGACGCCUUCAACCAGUUUGCGCUCUCAGGCUUCCGAGGUCGGGUCGAUCGUGCCGCUGUCAUGCCUGCGGAGACAACGCCAGCUCGUGUGCUCGAAGCCGUGAGCGGUGGUGCCGAACGACCAGAGGAGGUGGAAUUCGCCCGCGCCGUAGAGGAGCAUCUGCAGACUGACGUGUUUGCUCUCCUCGAACGCUGCGAGGCCAUCUGCGCCGCAAGGCUCGAGGACUUGCAGCACCUGGUGAGAUCGGAGGCGGGCAUUACGGUGGCAAGCUCUCUGGAGGUCAUGCGCGCCAACCACGACUUUCAGCACUUGAAAGGUGAACGGGACACCUGGUUGCUCCUUCACGCCCUCUACAAGGACAGGCUUCUCGGCACCUCGGCCGCGGAUGACAUCAUCGAGGACGGGAAGGAACGGCUGCGCGUACUUACCAUCAGCCAGAAGCAGAUCAAGCAGGAUCUCAAAGAACGAAGUCGAGCGUUCCGUGAAGCCAAGGUUGUAGCGGGGUGGCUCGAGCAGCUGGCCAAACUCUCUGGCGUGCCAACAUGGAGCAAUACCCUGCGCUCCCUUCAGGGAGACAAGAACAGGCGAGGUCCUUUCCACCAAGAGCUGGUGUCGAAUCUCGAUCCCGAUGCUACCACGCGGCAAGACAAGAAGCUCAGGGAAGAGGACGCGGAGGAUGAACAACGUCUUUUGCAAGUUGUGUGGAGCCUCCUGCGGGCCGGCGCAAAAAAGGAGGCCCUCGAGUUCUGUCGUCAGUCGGGACAGAACUGGCGCGCUGCCUCUCUGAGCACCGCCCUCUCGAGUGAGCCCCUGCCUCUGACCGACGAUGGCACUCAGAGCGCCUACCACAUGUGGCAGCAGGCCUGCAGGGCCAUCUCGAACGAGGUGGAGCGGUUCAGCAAGCACGAAAGAGCCAUCUACGCUUUGAUGUGCGGAAACGUGGACCAGAUCCUUCCCGUGUGCUACACGUGGGAAGACAACGUGUGGGCAAACUUCAAGGGCCUCCUGCACGAACUUCUCGAAGUGGAGCUGCAGCUACGUAAUCCGCGUUCACCACCCACCGUAGAGCCACUCGGCGAGGAGCAUCUUGCCGCCAGGAUCACGCAAAUCUUCGACCAACUGCUGAAGAGCGACAUGUUGCCCAUCAGGCAAGCGGUCCACGAACCCUACCACAUCAUUCAGACAUACCUCAUUCUGAACAAAGAAGAUAGUUUGUUGGGCGAUCUGGCUACGUGGGUGUGGCCGAAGGAAGGCACCCCGGGUUCGCCGGCAGUGCUGAUCAAAUUCGCAGCACAUCUGGCAUUGUUCCUUCGUCAAGUCAGGGGCGCCUGUCCUCACGCGGAUCAUCUCAUCGAGGCGUACGUCAGACACUUGAUCAAGACCAAGCAAACCGCACUCGUUGCUCUCUACACGGCCAAGCUGCCGGCGGAGGACCAAGUUGAAAUCUAUGCCAACUUCCUUCGCGACAUCACCCAGCGCGAGGAGCGAGAACGAUGCCUGGAGCUCGCCGACAGGGCGGGUCUGAACGUCAACGCGGUCACCAAGAGGGUCGUGGAGCUAAUGCGUGCUUCCCCUGGUCUCGCCCUUGAAGCCGCGAGCGGUUUGGGUGAAUCGCCAUUGACGGCUAAGUCCCGGACGAUCACACCCGAGGAUGAGGUUGCCAUUAGGGCAAUCGAAUGGCUCACCUUCGAUCCCGACCAACGAAUCGAUGCCCUAAUUCAUGCCAAUGCCCUGGCACGCAAGUUCAUCGCUGCGGACAAGGAGGGCGCCCUCGAUAGGUUGCUCAAGGCAUUGCCCCGCGACUCAGUCGGCGUUGUGAAGAGAAGGUGGAGCGUGAAGAAGCUCGCUGGCGAGGAGAACGUGGUGCGAGAGUUCGCGUGCUACGAGUACCUCCACAGGGCACGAACCGCGUACAACGAAUGGGCCACGCACGGAGCUCGGCACCCCAAGGCGCCAGAAGGACCACCGCUGGCCUCUGCCCCUGCCUCUACCCAAAUCGUCUACGGUAAUCAGAUGAAGGCGUACGCGGAGGACUUGCGCAAGUGGCAGCUGGACGCGUGGAACUUGGCAGAGGCUGCCAUGCACGCUCUCUACGCCGUGCUGCUCUUCCCCAAUGGCUGGCUGCAGGACCUUGACACAUCGAGGCCGCUAUCACUCGACGCACAAGCACUUGCCCGCAGUCAUGAGAUGGAGGAGCUUCGGUGCAAGGUGCUGCCCGAGAUCUUUUUCAUGUGCCACACGGUGCUCUACGAGAACAAGCAAUUCCAGGACAGUGUGGAACUGGCGGAUCUGCUCGCGGACGAGUACCACAAGUUCUACCGGGCGUUCACGCAGGAGCAGCUGCAGCAGUUCCUGGGCCUCGUCCGAAAGUCGGCCCUGCAGGUGAUCGAUGAACAGCAAGACGCCCUCGCCUACUAG